CGGGCUUACUACAGCUGAAAGCAGAGCAAUCGGAGGAACGACAUUUUCUUGAGAGUCCGCUCUGUCUAGUCUGAGGCUCUAGUUUUAUUUGGUAGUACAACCUCCUUAUUCUUCAUCAUGGGUAAAACUGUUGCGAGGGUUGCUCCUUCUGCUGUAAGUAAAGCUGCAGCCAAGGAAUCCAAGACCAAAGCAGGCAAGGUCACGAAGAAGAAGGUUCUACCUGCCGGCAAAGGGUCAAGCAAGAAUACCAAUAACGACGCCAAAGCAAUUGCAAAAGGAAGCAAUAAGAAAGGAGAUAGCACUUCCCAGGAGGAGGCGAUUCGCAAGGAGCAGGGGUACACGGAAUCCCUCCCCAAGAGGAACGCCAAAGGCGAAUUAGUCUUCCAGGAUUACCCUGAGAUGAGGCCGAACAUGACCCCCAAGGAAGUCCUCCAGGCCGGCAGCUUUGGGGGCACGUACUUCAGACCAAUAAAAUCAUCCGUCACUGGUGAGAAAUACUCUGGCGUAUGGAAAGAACUACCAAAGAAUUGGCUUGAAGGCUUAGAUAUCUCUAAGCAGGUCGCAUCGAGUCCUUACCGAGCAGAGGUCAACACGUACAAGGUCAAGUGCGGAGGAAGCCUUGAGAUGUGGGAAAGCUCUGGCUGGAUCGACAAGCAGGAUCCGUAUGGCUGGUUCAUGUGGUAUUGCAGGUUCUACUUGGGGCGGAGAACAGCUGAUGAUGAGAGACAGGUGGGACGCUGGAAGAAAUGCGCCGGCGUCAAGGGAAGAUGGCGAAACAACCUUAUUGCUAAAUGUGCCAGAAGUGGUUGCGCUUACGAUAACUUUGCAGUCUCCCCGGUUGUGCGACAGACCCUGCAGCAUUGGGGAUACCGUCUAACCAAAGAAGACUUUGAAAAAGCAGCCAAGAGAUUCAAGUAACAUUAGAGACCUCUUUGUUUCAUGCAUACCGGUAUCAUCGAACUUGCCUUUCUCCGAUUGCGGAAGGACGAUUUCAUUGGAAGCACUUGUAUAUUUAUCGUGGGGUUAACAGUUGCCAUUUUUAGAGAUACAGUCUUAGCCAGGUUUCAAACACAUCAGGCUUUUGUACAGCACAUAUUAGGAUUUAACAUGCUCUGGCUCCUUUUCAGGCCUCAGGGAGUAUAAUUGACCGGUGUCCCUGCUUGUACAGUAGCAACCAUUCCUCAAAAUUGUCAUUUUCAUGAGAUUGGCAUACUCGUAAAGGAUUCUACUGAACUAACAUCUAUCCCAUGAACUCUGUACACCACGGCGUGCCUCAUACAGUGCUGUACCAUGUUGGCAAUAAAGCACAAAUCCAAUCUUGUGUGGGGUGAACAAUUAAUUGCAGAUAUGGUUUUUACCCACCUUAUCUACAUGUAGGUUCAUCUUCAUUCCAUAUGUUGUAAUCCUAGUUGGUCUAGUUCAUCUGCAAACAAUUUAGUCCAAUUGAUAUGUAGCCCAUUUUACUAUUUUGUCUAAUUUCCAAUUAGGCUGCACCCAUCUCAUCUUAUAACCACUUGCUUAUCAGCCUAACAUCACUCAAGUAGAACUGUAUCGUUUAUGAACCAAAUUAUUUUCAUCUGACAAAGUAAAAGUGAUAAUUUGAUGAAGUGGAAAUUAGACCUACUGUGCAUGAGACUAAGUGAGAAUUGGAGUAGACCAAGUGCGUAUUAAAAGACAAAGUGUAGAGCAGACCAAACAGCAAUUAGACCAAAUUGAUAUUAGACCAAAUGGGUUUAGCCCAUGUGGUAUAAGACUAUAUGAAAAGACCAACUGCUUGUAGAUCAAGUGACUAUAACUGAUCUAUUGGUGUGUCUUUGAGGGCAGGGUGCUACAUAGGCACUUGCCUGAUUGCCCAGGGCAAGUAAAAGUUAGAGACGGGCAAGUGUUUUAAAGUAAAGACCAAAACUACUUGCCCGAAUUGGGCAAGCAAAA